UCACAGCUUUUCAUCAAUUUUCUCCUUUUUGUUUCUCUACUUAACACACCUUUCUUACCUACAAGCAUAUAUCACUCGUCAUUAUGUCUACCAUCGAAAAUAUGAAACACUUGAGCUCGUUUGAUGACACACCAAACCAUUUAAACAAGUCGGGAGCUAACAGAAAGAGAUACGACUGCAACCAGUGCUCUAAAUACUUUUCUCGUCCAAGUGCAUUGCAAACUCAUAUCUAUACUCAUACCGGAGAGAAACCGCAUAAGUGCGACAUUCCUGGAUGUGGGCGACGGUUUGCCGUUAUCAGUAAUCUAAGAAGACAUUUACGUGUCCAUAGACCAUCCAACUUGAGACGCAGGCUUACUUCCUUUGAAAGGCGCGCUUACAUUGAACAAUUGAUUCAGAAAUCUGGAGGCUUUAUUGAUGAAACCCAGUCUCUUUAUCUCAGUAACAAUAGCUCGUCGCUGUGCUAUUCUUUCUAUCCCGCAUCACCAUCUUCACCAACCCCUUCUUGCACAAGUGCAUCAACAACUACAAUAACUCAUACGGCGGAUUACGGCUACAAUUCACCAGUAUCUGUGGAAACGAGUGGUUAUCGUUUGCUGAAACCCAAACAAACGAGGCCAUUAUGUUUGACCGUCAAGCACUUGUUGAAUUAGUUACCUUUCAACAAGCUUCAGAAAAUUUAUCAAUCUCAAGUAUAUACUUUCCUUUGUCACAUCUAUGCCUG